UAUGAAACUAAAGCACAUUUUCGAUUCAAUUUGCUCUCUUUUGGGGUCGGCUGUGAACGCUUGUUAUCAAGGUAGGUUGUACUUGUUAAAAGCGUUUAUCAAAGUUUCCACACUGAAUGAUUAUAUUUUGCUUGUCAUGCAUUCGCGACCCAACCUAGAGCGUGAGUUUGUUAUGCAAAUUAAGCUGAAGUUCUCAUAUCCCUUUCGGAAAAUGUCACUCUCCAGCCUCGAUUAAUGGAAAUACAUUCACUUCGAACCGGAUAUUGGUUUGUUCCCAUGCACGGCAAAUCGCUCAGGCGCCGUACAACCAAAAUGCUGGGAGUUUUGUGUCGGUCUUCUUGAAAACUAAAUCACAAAACAGCUACAACUUUCAAGGAAGACUGAUUUCAGCUCAGAUACCACGAGGUAAUCUCUAUUAAUACGAGCUAAAAAUAUCUUAAGUUAUUUACGUUAUCAACGAUAAAUGGCGAGCAACUUUCUUUCUCAUACAUGUGUUCUCGUUUUCAACAGAUUUUCGUCUUUCCUCAUUUCUUUUUCUUGUCGUGGAAAAUCGAACAAACACAAGCUAGAAAACCGCUGUGUUUUUACGCUGGGUAAUGAGUUCAAGGAAUUGGAAGGUGAGCGGGAAUAUUAGCAAUAGACCGAGUUGUUUCCCAGUUCGGCUCCUAGCAACCCAAAAUUAAAGUAUACUUGACGUGUUGCUUUAUGGUACUUUGCUGUUCAUUUUCGCUUCGUUUUUGUGCUAGCAAUUUUGUGAUAUGAAGUGUAACACCUUUUUAAUAAAGAAUGCAAGGCUGAGUAAAUACUCCGGCUUUUCACGUAUCAGUCCAGUGCGUUGCUCAAUAGGAUAAGUAGUCAAAAUAGUUACAUUUAUUCUGAAAGACGUCCAUAUAGAAAAUUCCAAGUGAAAGCGUCUUAACGUCUUUUUGUACUGUUAGUGCUUAAGUAUCCUAUUUUCAUGGCUUUAAAGGAAGCAUUGGAGACAAGAAACAAAUUUCUGGAAGAAAGUGAGAAUGUAAUUUGAAUUGCGAGUUUUCGGACCUACCAAAAUGUCCUCAGGCUGUUUAUACUACGUCAGGAUUUCGCGCAGCAAAAAAUUUCAAAUAAUAGAGAAAAUAAACGAAAAAAGUAACUGCGCUUUUAAACGACUGGAAAACAACUCAUAUGGCGAUCGGCGUGCUGCGUUGAAGACAUUUACAGAACGCAAAUUAAAUAUUCUUUCCGGAAAAAAAAAACAGCUGCCGUAGUUUUCACAUUCAAAUUAAUACGAGUCGAGUUUCGAGUUUCUUCAAGGGAAGUGUUUUCUGCAUCUUAUCAAAAGAAUAGAUUUCACUUCCUAGGUGAAGGAACUUUGACUCUGAAACACAGUGGUGCGUUCAUUUGUUUGUUUCUUGGUUUCAAUGACGAUAAUACCCCCUAAAAAAAUACACAAAUUGUAAGAAUUAUGUUCAUUUACGCUAUUAAUUCACGAUUCUUCCGCUCAGCAUCAAUUUCGCCGAGAAUAUGCAAAGAUUUGAAGGUAUAAGAGGCCGAGCUCUCUUCUGGUUGCGUAAGAAAUAGUAUGCUAAUCGAAAAAUGUACCUUUUAGGGCUUAAACUAAAUUUUUUUUUCAUAUUCUAUCUUUUGGAUUGAAUUAUAUUACAAGACAAGAGUAUCAAAUGACGGCAUCUAGGCCAUAGUCACGUUUUUCACUCGAUUUAUCCAAGUGAUUCGUUUUCUCACAAUUAGAUUAAAUUUAACCAAAGUUGAGCUUCAGUUUUUUAUGAAAACGCAAAUUAGAUAUAUCACAAAUUCACAGCUCGGGCAAAUAUUUCUUAAUUUACGCAUUAAAGAGAAAACUGACCGAACCAGACUCUGGCAGGUUGCAAUGAAACACGUGGGCCCUCAUUCAGAAUUAAGUGGUUUGUUUUUUUCGGUCUCCUACCAAAGCGCUUUUCAGGGCUGACUUUUCAUUGGGUUUUACGGUAAGGCAAAACUGCUUUACUCGUUUACAACAACACAGGCCACACUCUUAAAAUGAGAAAUGAGCUGCUCAGCGAGGUUUUCACACUGAUCCAUCAGAUGUUUGUCAGUAUGUUUUAGAGGAAAGUAAUUAUUUUGGUCAGCUCCUGCAGCUCUUAACGACUUGCUUAAUCAACAACUAUUGGCCGAAAAGUAAUUUCAGACCAAGAAGCAGUAACUCGAAAAGUUGAGUUCGCGUUCUUGCUACAAAAAUGCUUUAUCCCUUAGUCUCAGGUCGGGUAUAAUCGUAUUAUUUUCUGAACAACUGGAUCAAUUUUAGCCCCUUUGUUUUCAACUAAUAAGGUUUUUAUAAUAAGAAACAAUAAUGUAUUUAUGUCUCAAAAAUGCUCAGAGCAUCACAUGGUAUUUAACAAGGUAUCAAAAAAUUGACUGGCUUCCUUAUAUUCUUCGGUUGGACAUCUACGUCGGACCCCUUAAAGUGUAAGGGGUCAUAGGCUUUUGGAAUUGGUCUGAAUAAACCCUAUAAUUUACAGAAAAUACUCCUUGCUAGUCAGAAGUACCGUAAAAAUUCUUAUAAAUUUGGAAAAUUUAGAACAUUGGACUGCAAUUUUAGCGUUCUGAUUGGUCCGCUGAAUGUCGGUUAUUAACUCAGACAAUCUUGACUAAUUAAGGAAAAUGAAUAAACUUGGUGUCGCUUGACUGUAUUUCUUUUCGAUGGCAACCAUGUUCUGCGGAAAAAUGGACACAAAUAAACGGAGCCAACAACUCGCUUCCGCAAAAUUCCAUGUACCUCUGACAGCUGUCCUUGAAAACUGUUUGUUUCAUUCGCCUGCAAUCAGGGAGCCAAACGUUUGCCCAAAUAUGAACUUUUAGGACUUGAAUGCAUGUCUCUGGGAAAGUUUGUGACUUGUACGCAUGAAAUUUUCUUGAAUUUCAAGGCUUGUUUCACAAUGUUGUUUGCUGCGCAUUGAGUUCUCAUUUAUCCCCAUUCGUAAAGCGUUGCGCAUGUCAUGUGAUCAUUUUAUGAAGGUCGGAAGUCUCCGAUGUAACAAAGGCAGAGACUUUACAUUGCAAGAAAACGUUAAAUACUUUAUUUCAAGUGUAUUCAGCUCGACAAAUAACCCCAAAACCUAUUUGCGACUUAACAAUAAUAGCAAAAUUUGUAUAACUCAGCUGGAUUUUCCUUUAUGUGAAAAUGCACAGUAACGAAAAACCUUUUUAAUUCAACAUACUAGUAGUUGGUUUGAAAUGGUUUUGGUGCCGUUAGUCGCACACCUUGUAGUGGCUACGUUCAUAUGGUCACUAAACACGCUGAAAAUCUCCAAGGAUUUCACGUGGUUCAUUCAAAAUAUUAGUUCAUAAUAGACCCGCCAGAUUUCAUUUGCACGGGGACAAAAAAUACUUCUAAGUUGCCUUGUAUCUGCCUUUUAAUCAUCAUUGUUUAUGCUUAUUUACAGUGGACUAAAAGGGAGUUUUAAACAACCAAUGAGAAAGCACCCAGCAAUGAAAGCGGGAAUGUAAUCGAAACAAAAUCAUGUUAAUGACAGCUGCAACAAUGCAUUACUACCCAUUUUCCUCCGAUUACUUCAUGAUAACGUCAAGUUGUCAUUGAUUGGGACAAGAGGCUGUCCAUCUUAAUACUGUACACAAAUCGUAAAACUUUUCCUGUUGAACAUUUGUUGCGAAAUCUCCCGUGACAAAUGUCUUACACCUCUGUAGACCAGAAAAUUUUUGAAGAAAAAGUUUGAAGUGUUUGUUUGAGCCACUAAUCAAAUCGGCUUUUGUUUAAAAGAAAACAACUAAGGAAAUUUGUCGAGCGCGUGAUUGGUUCACGAGUUGAUUGUACCGGGCCCGAUAUGACAAUUGCUGUUCGCACUUUAGAUCUUUGUCUAUCAAGAGAUAGGAUCAUCGCAUUGCUUUCGAACUAAAAAUUGUUGCCAUAUCGACCUAAACCAGAUUUCACGGCAGUAAACGAAGACGGAGAGUGAAAUAAUUGUUACCUAAGGUAAGGGACAAUGAUUUUCGUUUCUUUCGUGUUCAUUUAGAAAUGUUUAUAUAGAUUACUAAUAAUUGUAUUUGCAUCCAAAACCGACGUAGAAAUCAACCACUGCUAUGAAGCAUAAAGCGAGCUGAUUUUCCACUUUUUUCGAGCGGUUCAUUCCUGCAUUGGGAGAUAAAACGAAAACUUGGCAUAUCGUUAUUUAAACGGAGAAGUAUACCUCGAAUGACCGCCGCGCUGCCAAAAUAAGCCUAAUUUUUUUUAAAAAAAAGAAAAAAGCACCACUGUAUCAGAAAAAGGCGUAAAAGAGGGUUUUAAAAAAGAUAUAUUCAACAAGAACAUAUAAAUAACUGGAAAACCGACACAGUUCUCUAAAUCUGAGAAUUACGAUUUUAGGACUCAGUUGUUAAUUUGCUCCAGAAAUUGCAUUUUGUCGAAUGCGCUGAAGGACGCUUGUUACUCUUCCUUACUGAAAGAUAAUAUUUAAUUCGCUACAUGAGUUUCCGUCCUUUUAUUUAAGAAUUACGAGUGAAAAAUCAAGAUUGGAGAGUAAUCUUCGCAAAUAUCGUGCCGAUCUUAAAAUUUAUGAUGGUUUCCUUUUGUUGCUGUGGUAAGAAAUAUAGGUUUUACUUUCUGUUCGCUUCGUAAUUGUUAUCUUUGAAUAAAUACGAUGGAAAAUGAUUCCCAUUUUAUGUCUGUUGAGGAUUGUUUGUGGCUUAAGAUUCGUUCGAGAUAAGCUGCUCGGUAUUAGGGCGUCUUUGUGGUAGCAUAUGGCUUGAAGCAGAUGUUUCGAAUUUAAAGCAACUUUUGACUAACGCAACGUAAUUAUCUUUGAUUAAAACCAAUCGGCUAAACAUGGAUGAUAAAUAGAAAUUAGUUAGCGCUGAUGACUCUACUCGGUUCAUUUGUUUUGGUUUUCAUUGUUGCGCAAGCCUGGUCUUGGAAAUGUACCAUUUGCCGGUAAUGCAUUCGCAGAAAAAGGAUGGGAAUCUUCUUAAUUAAAUAUUAAUUCCCCUUUCUUUAGGCAAAAGAAUAAGUGAUUCCUUUCACUCGGCGAGAAAUCUGUGGUGUUGAGAAUUUAUAAGAAUAAAGUCUACGGCUAAGACAAAUUUUAAAUCGAAUUUCAAUUCUUAAAUUCUCCAAUUUGUUAUUAUUCCGUUUGUCUCUUUAUCGGCCAGACUAUAAGGUUAGUUCUGAUCAUGAUUUCUAUUGUUACGCUUUCUUUUUAUUGUGUUGCUUUGUACUUCUUAUGGUCAAUGAAUCGAUUUGCAAGGACGUGUUUUUGACACUUUUCGACUUUUCAAGAAAAACAUAUCUGCAAAUUAUGUUCCUAGGAAUAAAACAUGGUAAAAUCUUUUUGAUGAUAAUUUUUUGCCUGCCUUUUGAUGAGCGCUACGAAACUUUAUGUUUUAUUUAAAACAAAUAAUUGAUCUGAAGGCAAUCGACUUUUAGGUAAACAGAAAAGAACAAAAAUUAACUGUCAUCAAAACUUUGUUUUGCUUCAUGUGACACACAUAAUUCUGAUGAAGUUGAUUACAUUAAAAUUGGUCAGGAAAACAAUGGUCUCCCGGUUGGAUUCAAGUUUUCCUACAUGCAGUUUUGUAAGCGAAGUAAAGGACAUCUUUCGAUCUUUUUUUUUCAGCUAAGAAUUUUUUCUGCAUAAAUCGUCGUGCUCUAUUUUUUUUUGACAACAGCGUACUGUUGAAUGCGUUUGGGAUUUUCAUAUCAUUAUUUCCUGUUUGCCAUCAAGAAGUUUUUCCUCUGUAAAAUUCAAAACAUUUCCAUUUUGGCUGUGGUCUACAAAACGUGCUGAGCUUACGCUCCUACUGUGUUCAGCACUAUACACAUAUGGAGCAUUCCAAUUCUCCUGACAACGUUUAAAUGCACCUUUAAAUGACAGUGCUUCCUCAGUGACUGGUUUUCUUUGCAAACCUUGACUGACUCUUCGAACACAUAAUCAAUCAAUCAAAACCCAAGGUGACCAGGGACGUAACAGCGCGGGAAAACAAAACGCGUGCGGCAAGCGCGGCAAAAUAAGUAACAUGCAAUAAGCACAGGACGAAAUUUGUACUGUGUUAGCUGUCUUCAACGUACACAAUAACGGUGAAAAUAAUGGGAUUUCUCUUGGCUUAAAUCAAGGUUUACUCGUAGAACUGACUAAUUGAAUAUCUUGUUUUUCAGAGUGAAUCAGUGCAGAGUAGAAAGGCGGAUGCAUCAUGGUAUUACGACUUCAGCGAACCGAUUGAAAAAGACCGCACAAGGGUAUGUCUUAUGAAGAUACUCGUCAAAGCAGCAUCCAUCGUUUUUGUAGCAUGAUAAUCAUGCACGAUUUUAUCUAUAACAGGGGCGAAGUUUGCACAACCCUUUCACUCCCAGGAGAGACCAAGAAGUUAUUUCCUCGUACAAUAUCAAUACCCUACCGAGCAGACAUGUGAUUCAGUAGAAAAAAAAACAGCAUCAUCUGCGGAAUAUCAUCUAAUUAAACACCAUGUUCUCAGAACCAACAUUAUAAGAAACUUAUGACUUAGGAAAUAAAUUAUUAUUGGCUUGUUUCGCUCCCUGAUACUACCCAGCUCUGGAACAUAACUAAAUGGUUCUAUGUUAUAUGCUCCUGAUUAGGAAAAGAAAAAAGAUUGGGUUUCCCGGAAUUCACAGUUAUUUGCCCCUUUGGGAGCGGGAAAUUUGUUUGUUUUGUUAGCUUAUGAGAAUUUUGAAAGUGAACCGAUUUAAAUUUGUUCUUUUCAUUCAGAGCACCAAUACACAGCUUGAAAUUUAUCUUACUGAGACGAACAUUAAAAAAGCCACUCUUGAAUUCGAAGAGGUGACACGUGAGCCAAUAUUGUCGAGACGGAAAGAUUACUGUUGUCUCUGCUGGUGUUUCUGUUGCUCGUGCGAUUGGUACUGGUAAGUGGCAUUCACUGUUUUCGGAUAUCUGUAACAUGUCUAAAUUUUCCACGAGCCGAUUGGUUAAGAUCUUGUUACAGUCAAGUGUGCCUUCUUUGUUUGCUGGUCAGCGUCGUUUAAAGGCUGACCAGCGGUAAAUUUAUGAAGUGAUUUAGAACAAACAAACAAACCAAAUCCUGUUUCCAUUGAACUCAUGGUCUCGUUCCCGGGAAUUCUCUCCUCCUGCCUAUCUUUAGCUCUAGCUAACGGAAAUACGAGAGACCUUUGUAUCGAAGUUUGGUGAACGGGUCAUCGGAAUCGUCUCUGAGUCAAUCUUAGUAACCAAGGAGCCUACCAAUCUUGCACCCGGAGUCAUGUCGAUUUCUUGUCAUCAGUAUGAUUGCCAGAAUGGCCCUGAGCUCGUGAUCAGUUGGGUGCCUUUGGGACCCGUUAUUGAGCAGAUGCUAAGUAAACAUGCCUAGUCUACGGGACUUUUAAUUAGUUUAUCAACUGAACUUUUUUUCUUAUAACAGAUUAGUGGACAAAUUAGAGUUAGGGUUUGGAUUGGUGCAAAUACAUGGUCUAACUCGAUCCAAAUAUCUUGCGCGUAGUUACAAAAUCCGUUGCAGUACAUAAAUGAGCCAGUUUUUUGCAACCCUCAACGAUAUUGCGCACAACUAUGUUAUAACUAUGUUGUUAUGGCCUUCUGCUCGUGUUCAGUUAUGACAGGGGAUAACUUAUCUACAUAAGUCAAAUCACGGUAAGGUAAUAAAUUUUGCACAUUGAUUACACUGUCGAAUUGAGAGGCUUAGAUGGAGCGCACUUGUAUUUUAAUUUUAACUUUUCUAAUAAAAAGUACUAGUUUAGACACCAGACACCGUCUCUAAUAAUAACCAGUACAAAGCAACAUAUUUCAUUUUUCUUUUUAAGAUGCAAGAGCACGAGUUUCCUGGCGCUGGAGUACUUUCCUCUAUUCUUUUAACGACUCACUUUUCCGAUAAUUAAAAGCAAAUGGUCUGACAGACGUAUCUUAUUGAACGUUUCUUUCAGACAUUACUCUGACUAAUUUCAAAGACUUGAAAGCAUUGUUAAUUCAGAGUUGAUAAUUACUGAUGUCAUACUUGAACUUUGCCAAUUUGAAGGUGUUCAAUACACGCGCUAUUAAUAUCAUGAAUUUAAAUCUCUAAUUUUCGUUUGCCUUUUCCAGUUAACCGAUAAUGUCAUCUUACAAAUAUGGGAGCUUAAACCUCUAUGAAUAGUUACAAUCAAUAAUGAAAAAGUUAUUUUCUCAAUCUGUCGGUGGGGGACGGCUUUAUUUCAUAUUAAGCGCGGAUUUUCAGUGAAAAUAAUUAUUGUUUAUCUAAUCGCUAAUUCUAACAGUUCAAAAUUCUUGGCCCGAUAAAUAAGAUACAAAAACUCCCGAUUAUAUUCAGUUGCUGAAACUUAUCUGUAAGCUAGAACUAAAGAUUUUCAAAAAUAUCAACCAGCUUAACCUGUAAUGAAUAUUGCGGAUUGAGUCUCGUUGCAGAUGACAGAUUACCCACUUCCAGUGAUAAAUGUAAUUUAUGUAUUAGUCUUUUUUGUGGCCUUUUUUUCAUUAAUAGACCAAAUACUUUGAGCGCUCUGCUGGCAGUCCAGAUAUUAUUACCUCUAAAAGAGGCAUGAAAUCUGCUCUUAAAAUCGUUUUAUUUUCUAAGUGGAUUUCGAAGGACUAUGAAAUUAAAUAGAAAUUUAAGAGACCUUGAACGAUGCAUGCUAAUCAGAGAUUUAAUUUAAAUUCCUCAUGGAUAUAGAUUUCAUGGCAAAUAUUGGGCUCCUUAAACGUUGCGUGUGGAAAAAAAUAUAUUCAGUCCACGGAUUUACACGAAAUCACCGCUGGAUGCAUUUAGAAUCGUAAUUUUUUUUUACAAGUGUAGCAUUCAUUAUAAUUGCGGUCAAGGUUUCGUGCGUGGUCACUGUCGUAGAAAAUAUAACAAGUCGAGAGUAUUUUGCUCUGAAAUGUAAAUCUCUCAACCGCAAAGGCGACACUUUUAGAUUUGCCGAACGCCGAGAUAGAGGUUUGUUUGGUGUUAGUCGCUGUUUUUUUUAUUUUCCUGUUGGGAGAUUGUGGUAUCUAACUCAACCAAUACGUGCUUUUUCUUUAUCUCUUCUAUCUCACCAGCCCCGCUCGCCGUUUCAGAGUUGGAAGCAUGGAGACAGCGAAGGACAACAAAUACAAUCCCAAGUAAGACAAAAAAAUGAAUCGCCGUUCUUCUUGUUGCUGUGUAAAACUAACAGUUUUCCGGAUGUCGGCAGUGAAACGUGGCCUAUUUCAAUAUGAACGGAGUCGCGUUAUUUCAAUUGUAUUAAACCGAAAACUUACAAAUAUAUUUCGAUAUGCUCGAUAUCCUUGCUCUUAAAUUUUAAACUGGAUCAGUAGCCGUAACAUUUUCCGGAUUACUGAAGCUGUGACAAGCACAUGACAUCGCUUUGAUUUUGUAUUGAAACCCGUUUAGAGCCGAAACCGCUCUAAACAUUUGAAUUCUUUGCCUUUAGAUGCUACCACAAAAGAAGGACCUUUCCGUAAUACUGAACAGCGAAAAACCUGUUUUCUGGCACCGAAGUUACUCGCAGUUCCUUUUGAUUUGGUGUUAAGUUUCGUUCACGAGUUAUUGAUCAGAGUACAUUAUUCGUCCCACACGUAUCAGCUAUCUGUAGUUGCAAAAAUGUAACUCAAUUUUCGCUUUCGGGAAAUUUUCAUCUCUCUUCUAUUGCGGAAUGCAGCUGUAAUUCUGACAAAAGACCCAAAUAUUUAUUCUGAUUCAAACAGGAAAUAUUCAAAAGGGGUUGCACAAUUUCACUUCCGAGAAUGCCACAAUGCCAGUCAGGUGAACGAAAUUCGAGUCGAACCGGCGCUCGGGUCAUUUUACGUCAGACAUCCAUCGAGUGAAUUACUUCGUCAGAUAGUUCGACACGUUCGCGCAGUGUUCUCGUUAGCUUUAUUGGUUCGGAAUUUUUCUUGAAAUCCAUAUUGCUAGCAUCCAAUAUAGUCAAUACUUUGGAGUUCUUAAAAGGUUUCUGAGCGUAAUCCAGGCCGUUUCCUCUGCGGUUUUCGUCACUGUCGCUUCGAUGCAGUUGGGUUGUAUUUGUCUGAAUGGAAAUGGAAGGUUUGGUGAUGCCAGUGGGUACGUUGAUCAACUUUCACCUUCUCUUACCUAGUUCAUUAUCCAUUGUGGUGGAAAGGCUACGACUUAGAGAAAUAAUGUCAACAACUAGAGUAUGUGUAUCAUGGUGUACAUAAAAACAAAUGGCUCGGAGACAUUUUAAGGAGGAUGACUAGAAACUGAAAGGAAUUAGACUGAAAUGCGAGUGGAUUAUCGUCGUCACUGUUGUGUUUCUAAAUCUGCUGCAAUAACGUGAUGCUCAAACAAUGAGUUGGGACAAACGCUUGGUGGACCAUUAAAUAGAGUAGAAAUUACCAAUUCUCUAAUGUGCAAAUUUGAAACGUAACGAGUACAUCUUUUAUGUUGUCGGUGAAAAUUCGUUCGUAGUUUAAUUACGCACUGAGGAAGUGAUACGCCCAAGGACCUCUACGUCUCGUUCGUGCACACUAGUAUUUUAUUACCAAAUCCUCCUGUUUACCGGAGGAGUAUCAUUUUUCAAAAGGUAUCAAUGACAGCUCAAAAUUCUCACUCAACAGCGGAGGGCUAUUUUUUUCAAAAGCGGGAAUCUUAGACUGUUUUUACCGCCGAAUCCACCGUAAUUAAUUUAACCUUCCGUCAAUGGUGUCUGUCUGGAAUACAUGUCUCACUUGGUUCAUUAUUUUGACUAGCAACGACACAUCAAGUGGUUAAUAUAAAUUUCCUUUGGUCGCUCUGACUUAGGCAGUAUGUUCGUCUUCGUGUAGUUGCGUUAUAUUGUUCACACAAUUAUGAACGUGAGUUCUUUUCUCACUAUCACCGUCUUAGAUAUACAUGUCCAAAGUGACAAUGAGCUUCCACACAGUGGGUUUAGUGCACUACUGCGGUCUCAUUAUUGUAAGGUUUAUUAAAACUUGUUUUUCUUUUAGACUUUGCCUCGAAUUCGAAAGAGUUCCUCCCUUCUUUGCAAUAUUUAUCAUCUUUAUAUUACUUACAAUACACCGCUGACUAAUGACUGUAGAGUAAGGUACAGUGUAAUACCGUUUCAACCAAACUGCUGCCUCACUUGAACGAUACAUUUAAAAAGAAAAGUUGUAUACUUGUUGAUAUAACCGUUGUUUGAUUAUUUCAUAUCAAUUUUCUGUUCCUAGACCUUCCAGAGAAGAAGUUCAAGAAUGGGGAAUAAGCUUUGAAAAAUUGCUCACAAGCAAAAGUAAGUUGCAUACAAUAAAAACAAUAUUAUUGCAAUUUUAAAAGUGUUUACGGAAACCAUUCAAUUCGCCCCGUUUUCGCGGUAAAACAAAACCAAAACAACAAGUGAGACAAAAACAAUUUCUUUAUCUCAUAUUCAUCGAAGGCUUUCAUGUAGCGUAUACUCAAAUUUUUCCUUGUUCUCUAUGUUUGGACAUUUACCUGAAGACUCUUCAGCAACCGUGCUUGUCACACAACCCCCCCCCCCACCCUUUCCCUGUUCUACUUGUUGAGCCCAAGUAUAACCGUUAUUCAGGAUACUGCCAUCCAUACUGCUGAAGUGGGAGCUUGUUUGCCCUGUAACAUUUUUGAAAUAGGUUGUGUGAUAUUGGAAGUGUUUUUCUCAAUCUUCUUCUCCUUGUUCCACCGGCUGUGCGGCUGAUGAAAGCGUACACUCUUUGUGUAUGCUCGUUGUCGAGUGCAUUGUGCAAAUAGCUUUAAAAGUGUCGGUGAUCGCGUGACUCGGGUAACCAUCCGGGUUUUGUCGUAUUCGAUUAGUGUCAGCUGUCACGUUAAGAAAUCGCGUAAAUUGAGUGCUUGGUACCAAGGGAUUUCUUACUCGUCAAGUGCAUAAUGUGGUAACUUGAGCCAAACUGACAGCCAAUUUUCCUUUUAAGCUGGGGUAAAAAUUUUCCACGACUUUCUCAAGUCCCAGUACUCAGAGGAGAACUUAUUGUUUUGGCUCGCAGUGGAGAAACUUAAAAAGGAAACAGAUCAGGCGACCUUUAAAGAACUUGCGCAGUCGAUUUACCGGGAUUACCUUUCAGCGGAGUCUCCAAAAGAGGUGGGCAAAAUAAAAUGUGUUUUAUGUAUAUUUAAUUCCAAAUGCCUUGAAGUCCGUGAAAAGUUUAUGUCGGAUUUUGUGCAAGUGAUCUUUUUAAAAAAUGAGAAGUUCGCGGAUUUGAGGCUGCUAAAAACAAUGAAUUUUUUGCUGGAUUUAGGUACGUUUUUAAUUGGCUUAAUUGGGCACUCGAGCAGCUUAGGGGUAAGGGGCACUAUAAAUGUCGAAGAAGAUGUGGAUUUUACCGUUAGAUGAUAAUUUUAAAGGAAAGCCUGUAGAAAUUCAAUACGUAGCAGUCAUUUUGAGUCCCUUGAAGAAAAGCUUUGUCUAAACUCGUUUUUGCUGCAGGGCUAGACAUGUGGUGAAAGCGUAAGCUUCAUUUUUCAUGUAAACUCAACAUUGCUGCCGAGUGACAAAGGUCUAUUUUAUGUGUUACAGUUUGUCAGUGUUUGAAAAAAAUAAUCUGAAACCCAUUAAAGGAAUGGCAAAAAAUUGAUGGUUUCUUCAACACGUCCUUCGUUUUAAAGGAAAACUCAAGUAGUAAGACAGAUUGUUUCGGGGUUGGUCAUUUGUCACAUGAUCACGUAUCACAGACAAACACACCACGUAAUAGCGGCAGCAGCGUCGUAGCGCCGCCAAAUUGACAAAUAGCAAAUACUGAUAGCUGAUCAGUCCAAGGCAUCUCUUCCAAAGCACAUUCUUGUAUCGGUGAGAUGAUAGGGCAAACAUAGUUGUAUGACUCGUUGCAUCUUAAUAAACAGAAAGUAUCGAGUUUAAUUAUUAAAUACCUGGCCCGCGAUUGGGCAAGGUGAGGCAAAUCCUUUAUUCUGAUUAAUUACCUGAGCGGAUAAUAUGAGCCUACCCUAACACAGCGGCCAAACGUCAGGCAUGCGCAAGGUGGUCAAUGUUGGCUGGCCGCGCGCCGAUUUCCCGCGCAAAAUAAUAGAGAAAAAACAUGAGAGACAACCACUGUCACGCAUGUGGGCAAGGUUUUUCGUCACUCCUAUUACACAUUUUAAGAAAACUUGGUUCUGAAAGCAUGCCAUUUGCCACCUGCGUUUUCUUUCCUAGACAAAGCUGGCGUCUAGUGACGAAGAUGUAGGUCAUGUUAUGCUCUCAUUUGCCAUAAUUUUACCCCCCCACCCGUUAAUUUUUUUUAUUUCACCUCCUAUAGGUCAGUAUCGACCACAAGACUCGCCAGCAUAUCGAAGAAGUCUUGGAGGAACCUGACCAAACGGUGUAUGACAAUGCGCAACGUCACGUCUAUUACGUCAUGUAUCAGGACUGUUACCCAAGAUUCAUUGUGUCCAACGUCUUUAAAGCGCUCCUCAUAAGUAAUGACUGAUCACUUGAUCUAAGACAUUAAGUUACUUUCUAGACUAGAUUCGACAGAAAAUGACAUGGAGUUAGAUUAAUAUAAAGCUAGAGAUACUUUCUUCACCGUUUUCUCUGUGGUUAUGUCUGCAAAAUUCCAAGAAAAUGAAGUAAAAUUUUUUAUGCAACUUUACAAUCGACGAGACCAUGGCCUUGUCGAUCAUGUACAUAGAAGAAUAAACAAUAGCUUCGCAAGAAUUGCUAAAUAAGUAAAUUGAAAGAUGCUUCUGGUGAGAGCAAGAUCCAAUGAUUUUUAAGGGAGUUAAACGUUUAUCGUGCUUGCACACCAUAUGGAUAUAGAUUUAAAUAUGCGUUAUAAGGGGAGCGUUUGAGAGGCGCAAACCCAGAACCGAUCGCACUACUAUCCUCUGCUUCUCACAUUCCCUACGUGUUUCUCAUGUCUAUUUGCGUUAAUUGGCAUGUUUAUCUGCGAUUCCCGUAACUUUCUAUCGGUUUCAUUAAAUCUCACCUUUAAAGUGUGUUCCCUAAUUUAAUGAUAUUUUCAGGAGAGCUCCGAUUAAAGUACACGGAAAAAAUGUAAUUAUAAUUAAAAAAUAACAAUGUUUCUUAUUCUG